GUUUGCUCCUGCACUUUCUGAGUAACAACCCAGCACUUCCUGAUGUUAUUUCUCCUGACCGAGACAUGCAAGGCACCAGUGUAGGCAUUGAAGGCCAGAGCAGAAACUCAGACAAGUCAACUGAGUUUCAAUGUGUUUCCACCAAUGCAGUGAGCCACUUCACGAAGGCUCUUGCAGAUCUAGUGGUGAAAUCACUGCAUUCAACUGGUCCAGUCUCUGACACAAAGGACGAGCCACUGACGUUGCUAGUGACGCCUGAACAACUGGACUUGGAGGGAAUUCAUGACAUUUCUAGAAUGGACUUUGCAUCACCGUCAUACUUAAGAAGAAUUGCCAGUGAUGUUGUGAGAGAGACGUUGGAGAAUUUUAUCAUCUCCAGCCAGGAGGGUUCCUCUUCCUGUUCCAGCUCCAGCCCAUUGAAUGACAACUCUGUCUUGAAUCCAGACCCUGUGGUUCUGAAGAAGAGAAGUCGUGGAUUCUGCUUUAAUGUCUGUAAAAAAGCUCCUAUGAUCAGCUUUGGCUUUAUGAAAUUAAAGAAAGUGUGUCCUGCUGGCCUGCUGUCUGCUGACCAUCCACCAAACCCCUCCUCUGGAAAUCUUCAAGAUUCUUCCCAGGGAGAAUCAAAGGAUUUCUUGACGCCCUUCAAGAAAGCACGAAAGCGUCUGUCCAAGAUCUUCUCCUCCAUCAGCAAAGCUCUGCCGAACCCCCUCAGAUGCAUGACCCGACCAUGUUAAUCACUCCUCUGUGUGUGUAUGACAGUAUAUUCUGG